AUGGCGAGGACGCGAGCCAGGGUGCUGUCGGGAAGCGAUCUUCUUAGGUAUUUAACUUGUGGUCCUGCUGUUGCACUGGAAAUUAUGGGAGAUGAAGCUGCUUCUUCCUGGAGGAAGCUAAUUGGAUCUCCAGAUUCUAGCAGAGCAGAAAAUGAAGCCAGAACACGGGCUCUUUAUGGAAUUGACAACGCCAAUACUCAUGGUUCUGAAUGUGCUGCAACUGCAGCUCGAGAACUAGAGAUUUUUUUCCCAUCGCUUGGUAAAGGGCCAUCAAAUACAGCAAAAUGUAUUGAUUGCACAUUAUGUAUUAUCAAACCCCAUGCUAUUGCUGAAGGUCUGGCUGGAAAGAUUUUAGAUGCCAUUGAAGAACGAGGGUUUAAGUUUACCGCAUUUCAACUGUUCAAAUUAGACCAAGCUAAUGCAGAAGAGUUCCUUGAAGUGUAUAAAGGAGUUGUUUCUGAAUACAAUGGUAUGGUAAAUGAACUCACUUCAGGCCCUUGUCUUGCCCUUGAAUUCCAAGGAAGUGACAUUCAGAAAACGUUUAGAGAAUGCUGUGGACCAUCAGACCCUGAAAUUGCUCGCCAUCUACGACCUUGCAGUUUGCGUGCCCUUUUUGGAAAGAACAAAAUUCAGAAUGCUGUACAUUGCACAGACCUCCCUGAAGAUGGAGUGCUGGAGGUGCAGUACUUUUUCAAGAUCUUGGACAGUUGAUAGACAUGGCCUGAACAACAAUCAAGUUCUUCAAUUCAAGAAAUAAAUCUCAAGGAUGUAGGUUCAUGAGUUUUAUUUUGUUGCUUUGAAUCAUGAGGAGUACUGUUCUCCCAACAAGUUUACAGAUGUUACAUUGCAUUUGCAUUUUACAACAUGAACACCAUCUUACUGCAUUGGUUUAAAAUAAAGAUUAUGAUUUUA